GAGUGCUCCAACUUCUUGCCGAGCAAUCUUGGCCUGGGUUCUCUCCUAUAAAUAGGAAUGGCUCAGUAAGUUUCUCCAAGCAGAUAGCAGCAACCAAAAACCAUCCAACUAGUAGCAGAAACAUGUCUCCGCCUGUUAAGAUCAUCGGCCAUUACGCGAGCCCAUUCUCGCACCGCGUCGAGGCCGCUCUGCAGCUCAAGGGCGUGCCAUACGAGCUGAUCCAGGAAGACCUGAGCAACAAGAGUGAGCUGCUGCUCACCAAGAACCCUGUCCACAAGAAGGUGCCCGUGCUCCUCCAUGGCGAUCUGGCAGUCUGUGAGUCACUCGUCAUCGUCGAGUACAUCGACGAGGCCUUCGACGGGCCGGCUAUCCUGCCGGCCGACCCCUACGACCGCGCCAUGGCCCGUUUCUGGACUAACUUCAUUGACACCAAGUUCUUCCAGCCGUUCUGGCUGGCACACUGGGCGGAGGGUGAGGCGCAGAAGGCUGUGGUGAAGGAGGCCAAGGAGAACCUGGCGCUCCUGGAGGCGCAGCUCGACGGGAAGAGGUUCUUUGGUGGCGACACACCCGGGUACCUUGACAUAGCCGCGUGUGCGUUAGGUCCUUGGAUCGGCGUGCUUGAGGAGGUGACUGGAGUGACCUUGGUGGAUGGCAACGAGUUCCCCUCUCUGUUUCAGUGGGCCAAGGAGUACUACAAUUCCAGUGAAGCUCUCAAGCCUUGCCUCCCGGACAAGGACCGACUCGUCGCAUACUUCACUGAGAACAAGGAGAAGUACAGAAUGAUGGCCAAGACAAUUUUGCAGCAGUAGUUGGGCAUGGCUUUACGUUACGUGUGGAAUAAUGUAUGUAUGGAUCGGAUCACAAACGGUGUGUGCACUGUGCAGAACAAAAUUAGAUGUGAUCCUUUGAAGGUAUCUGAAGUCAACAUUCCAAGGAUGUUUUUUAGUAUUCAUUUUCAAUGUUUUAAGUACCUGGGUUUGUCUUGAAAAUUUGUUUUAUAAAAAUAUGAAAAAUAUAUACCUUCCUUAUAUUUUAUGGUUAU